AUGGACGAAUACGGCCAUCCCCACGCGCACCUGAACCCGCCGAUGUCCAAGUCGAUUUACGUGGCUCCCACCAUGGAAGAGGCGGAGCGGGACCCUGUUGGGCUGGAAGACUUCUCAUCCCGCAUACUGCGCUCCGUGGGCAGCAGCGGGGCGCCCAUCGGGAUGCCCAUGGACAAGAACGGCAACAUCGCCAAGGGUUACGAGCACUGGGCCAACCGCCAGUCGGACCGGGACCGGCGGGACGACGUGGGCCAUGCCGGCCUGCCGCCGCUGCGGGGAACGCCGGAGGUGGUCGCCGAGCGGCUGAAGCAAGUGCAGGAGGCGGGUAUCAACCACGUCUUCGGCAACUUCGGAUUCGCCGGCCUGCCCCACCACAAGGUGAUGCGCUCGAUCGAGCUGUUCGCCACCGAGGUGAUGCCGCACUUCCAGGAAGCAGCGGUGGUGUAG